AUGGUUCUCCACAAUGAGCUGCUCUGGGAAACAAUGGCCUUCCAGUGUCUCUGCGGUCUGUCUCUGUCACUCCGUUAUUGGGUCAAGCUGCAAGGGAAGGUGUUGCCUUUCCUUCAGCCUGCUUCUUCCUCUUUCAGGUACGAGCACAAGUGCAUAAUUAAAAUGACUGAAACACCAAAGGUGGACCUGAAGUACCACGUGAAGACCAGACACGAGCAAGGCUGGGCAAGACCUGGUGACAGUGGCACGAAAGGGGACCUUUGUGAGACGCGCCUCCUUCAUCGAGCAGCGCUUUCUCCAAUAAGAUUACCGGCAUUGACUGUAAUGCCAGGGAGAGACCAGAAAGCCGAGGAGAAAGAGCCUCGCACCAGGCAGCUACCAGCCGUCCCGGGGAGACCCUUGCAGGAUAAAGAAGAGCAAGGGAAAGUCAUUCCUCUGGUGACUCCCAGGAUGGUGGACUUCAUUGCUGCAGCGGUGGAGGCGAAUAGAAGGAUUGCCGCCGAGAAAAAAUGCGCAAAGACCAGGAAGGGAAAGGAGCAGAAGGGGAAGACAGUGAGGAAGGAGAAGGAGGAGAAGGGGAAGACGGUGAGGAAGGAGAAGGAGGAGAAGGGGAAGAAGGUGAAGGAGAAGGAGGACAAGAUGAGAAAAGAGGAGAAGGUAAAGCAGGAGAAGGUGAAGGAGGAGAAAGGGAAGAAGGUGAAGGAGGACAAGAUGAGGAAAGAGGAGAAGGUGAAGCAGGAGAAGAAGGUGAAGUUUGUGCAGCAAGAGAAGGUGAAGGUCGUGAAACAGGAGAUGAAGGUGAAGAACGUGAAGCAGGAGAAGGUGAGGAAGGUGAAGCAGGAGGAGAAGAGUAGAUUUUCAAAACAUGCCCAGAAGUUCUUGGCUGAAGAGGAAAAAAAGAACAAAAUGCUGAAGAAACAGAAAAAGAAGCAAGCCAAGCAGCAAGAGUUGGAAGCAGAGAAGACGGAAGCCCAGCCAGAAGAAGUGGAGAUGCCAGUGGCUCAGGUACUUUGCAUCCCCGCAAGAAAGCAGCAGCACCUUCCCAUCCAGGGGAGCUGAGGUUGUAAGGUACCUCUAGCACCUGGACCAGAGUAGCGCUGUUGGUGCAGCACAGCUGGAUGGCUGACUGCUGCCUUUUGAGAGCAAGAGGACCCAACAGGGAGCGGUAACAAAGCCCUGGUCACGCUGGGACAUGGCCCCAAGAGCGUGCUGAGGUUUCUCUCCUGAUUGCUUUCCCGUCCCACUGCAGUCCCAACUGGAGUGGUCUUGCAGGGAGCUGCAUGCUGGGAAGCAGCACCCCAAGGCUGAGUGUCUCUUCCUGUACAGGAAUCCUCUGCCUUUGAGGAAGAAUAUUCCAGCUCUCUGUCUGAGAGCGAGACAGAGCAGUCCAGCUCCAGCUGCAGCUCCAGCCACAGCCUGAUCAAGAGGAUGAUGGGGGAGCAGGAAGAGGCCGAGGAGGAGCCACCCAGAGUCUCCUGGGACAGCGCUCAUUUCCCAAAACGGUAAGCAUACACCAAUCCCAACCAGGGCCAGGGGCAGUAGGGUGGUGGUGAGCCACCUGUGCCGUGGAUCAAGGAAGCCAGCCUCCGAGUCAUGGUGCCGCACACAACACCCUCAGAGAGAACUCUGAGGCCAUGGGUGUGACCAUGGUUAGGGCCCGAUGCCAUGAGCCUCUCUGGAGCCCAAAGCAGCCCACGUGUGGAAGUCAUCCUGCAUCAAAGUGGCUGUGGGGCCAAAUGGGGCCGUGUGUGGAAUAGGCUGGGUGAGGGAAGAGGCAGGGGUGUCACAGCUGAAGAGUGAGACAGGUUUUGUCCUUGUUGUUGCAGGAGGCUUACUCCAGUGACAGAAGAGACCCUGCGGGAGGUGGUGAAGUGCAUUGUGGAGCAAGUGGCCCGUGAGCAGCAGGGACAGAGAGAUGCAGAGAAGGAUCUGCAGGGCCGGCUCCAGAGGUAAAGCUCUCCGCACAGGCAGUUUGGUCUCCCCCACUGCCCUUCUCCCACCCCCUGCAGCACCAGGGCAAAAGAAGGGCUUUUCCUGGAAGCGGGCUCUCAGCACAGCCACCUCCUGCAGUCGCAGCAGGCACCAAGCUUGGGAGCCCCAGCAAGAGAGCGGUCUCCCUGUGCUCACACCCCCUCCCACUGUGUGCCUACAGCGAGCUCGCAGUGCUGCGGUGGAGUCAGUGGAGUCGGUCAGCAAGAGAAACACCCAGCAUCCUUUCUCUGUCAGGACCUCAGUAUAGACCUGCACCCCCUCCUGGGCCAAGGCCGGGCAAGGCAGCACGGGUAGGUGGUGUGGGCUCCUGUAAGCACCAUGUCAUAGCUAGCCAUAGCAAGCCACGGGAAGACCCUCUUGGGCCUGUGGGAUGGAGAGCAGCUGGCCGCGGAACUGGAGACCUCUGCACAGACAACCCUGCCAGCCAGCUAUGUGCUCAGGCCAAAGUCUAAGCCCUCGCCUGACUCAGUGCCUGGUCAAUCAGCCCCACAGCAGGCUACCCCAGAUUGGGACUGGCCACAAGGGCUGCAAUUACAUUACAGGGACCAUGAGCCUGCUCUCUCUAGCCACACACGAGCAGAGCCACUCUCUUAUACUGCAGAGACUUGCAGUGUUGUGCUGCUUGUCUCUGCAUUCACAGAACUACAGAGCUUCACGCUGAACUCCUUAGGCCCGGAGAGUAGUUCCUGCGCACGUCAACAAGGAGCACGAGAGAUCUGCCAGCACUGAGACUCCCGAGACAGACAUCCAGCAAGUGUCACCCUCAAUGAGGACCCUCAAUGAGGACCCUCAAUGAGGCUCAGUGAGGACCACCGUUCACUUCUGGCGACGUUAACGGUGACACUCUGAAAGGCGCGUCGCCACUUUCCCUGUCACCCUUUCCCUAUACCCAAUAAAACCCCAUUACCCAAACACCA